GUGCGGCUGUGCAGGGGAGAGCGUCUCUUCCGGGCGCAGGCGUGCGGCAGCGGCGGCAGGACUGACUGGGCCAAAGCGGCCGUGUCCUCGCGGGCCACCGGGAGCUUGUCAUGGCGGUUCCUGCGGCGGCCAUGGGGCCCUCGGCGCUGGGCCAGAGUGGUCCUGGCUCAAUGGCUCCCUGGUGCUCAGUGACCAGCGGCCCAACACGCUACGUGCUGGGAAUGCAGGAGCUGUUUCGCGGCCACAGCAAGACGCGCGAGUUCCCUGCGCAUAGCGCCAAGGUGCACUCGGUGGCCUGGAGCUGCGACGGGCGUCGCCUUGCCUCGGGGUCCUUCGACAAGACGGCCAGCGUAUUCCUGCUGGAGAAGGACCGGUUGGUUAAAGAAAACAAUUAUCGGGGACAUGGGGAUAGUGUGGACCAGCUUUGUUGGCACCCAAGUAAUCCUGACCUCUUUGUCACCGCGUCUGGAGACAAAACCAUUCGCAUCUGGGAUGUGAGGACUACGAAAUGCAUUGCCACUGUGAACACUAAAGGGGAGAACAUUAAUAUCUGCUGGAGUCCCGAUGGACAGACCAUUGCUGUGGGCAACAAGGAUGAUGUGGUGACCUUUAUUGAUGCCAAGACACACCGUUCCAAAGCGGAGGAGCAGUUCAAGUUUGAAGUCAAUGAAAUCUCUUGGAAUAAUGACAAUAACAUGUUCUUCCUGACAAAUGGCAAUGGUUGUAUCAACAUCCUCAGGUGAGAGGGUUCUAGCUUAGGAACUGUCUGAUCUUUGUGCUGGGUGCUGUGGUGGAUACAGAGAUGAAUUAGAUGUUGAGUCUGUCCUGAAGGAGGUCAAAGGACAAGUGAUAAUAAAGAAUCCUAACCUCUGUUGAGCACCUUUGAGCCAGGCCCCUUAUAUUUUACUUAAGUCAUCACAGAAAUUCUAGGGGGUUGAUAGUAUGCAUCUUAUUUGACAGAUGAGGACCUGGGAUUCACAGAGGUUAAAUCACUAUCAACUAGUGAGCACUAGAAGUAGAUGCACCUUGAAUUGUGGAUAAUUUGUACCCAUAAAGUCUUAGCUUAAAUAUCACUUACCCUUCAGGGAAGCCAUCUUCAUCAUCAUCCUACUUCCCCAGGUUAGAAGCUUAUUUUUUUUAUGUUUAUUUUUGAGAGGGAGAGACAGACAGACAGAGCGUGAGCAGGGGAGGGGCAGAGAGACAGGGAGAUACAGAAUCUGAAGCAGGCUCCAGGCUCGGAGCUGUCAGCACAGAGCCUGACAUGGGGCUCGAACUCGUGAACCGCGAGAUCAUGACCUGAGCUGAAGUCAGAUGCUUAACCGACUGAGCCACCCAGGUACCCCAGAAGCUUAUUUUAUGUACUUCCUGUUGGAAGCAUUUCUCAUUCUAUGUUAUAAUUUCAUGUUUAUUUGUAUCUUCCAUUAGACUAUAAAUUCCAUGAGGGUAAGGACCGUGUGUAACUUCUUUACUCUUAAAUCCCUAGUGCCUAACUUAAUACCUGCUACACAGAGUUAGGAUCUCAUUAAAUAUUCUGUAAAUGAAUGAAAUGGUGGAAUUGAAAUUCACGCCUGUCGAUUCUAUUCUUUUUGUUAUUCUGGGUGGGUAAUGCAAGGCAGUAUGAAAUAGGUUAUGUUAGAGAGUCUAGGAGUUUGCUAUGGAACCCCAAGGAAAGAAAUUUAUAUGGACUGUGGGAGUUGGAGCUUGAAGGAGGCACCUUUUGAGCUUGACCUUGAAAGUUGAGGAGAAUUUUAAGAAUCAGCAAAAGGGAACCAUACAGUGGAUGAAACUGCUGUGAACGAGCAUGGUCUAUUUGGGGAAUAGUUGGUAGGUCAGAGUUGCUGGGAGUGGUGGCAGAUAAGGUGUCUGAAGAAAGGGCCUGAAAAUGGGAAGAUAAAGUUGAAAUAUAAUCUGGGACCAGAUUAUAAAAGGCUGGAAUUCUAUGCUUAGCAGCUUGCAUUUUAUUCUGUAGUUAGUAAGGAUUCUAUAUCUUUUUUAUUUUAAAGCCUUUUUAUCAGAAAAUAAAACACAGAUACAGAAAAUCACUUAAAACAAUGUAUAGCUUAAUGAGCCAUUAUAUGCCCAACAUCUUUGUAACCCCACCCAAGUCAAGAAAUGUAAGUUGUUGGCCAUCCCAGAAGUCCAAACAUGCUUUAUCCUGUUCAUUUCUCCCCCUCCUCAAAAGGAAACACUAUCUUGAUUUUUAUAGUAUUUCUUUAUAGUUUUAGCGACCAUGUAUGCAUUUCUAGAUACUCUAGUUUUGUGUAUUUAAAAAAAUUGGAUGUCUUUUAAGUAUGUUACACUACCAAGUCACUUUGCAUCCUUCUUUUACUUCUAAUUUAGUCGUUGAAAACCUGCAGAUAUUCUCCUAGUCUGAAUUUAGCUGAUUUCACAUGCUUAUUUAUUUGUUGGAAUAUAAGGUAUU